AUGUCUCCCACCCCGUCAGAGCUUCGGGUGCCACGCUUUACCGCCCCCGAGCCAGCCUACAGUCCUUGCCAACAGCUAAUUUAUGUUCCCUCGGCUCCACACCAACGCACAGAUUGUAUUUCAAAGAUGGUCAAAAAAAUGCUUGAAGAACCGGUUCGAAUAACAUCGGCGAGCCAAUGUCACCACGAGUUCGAUCUACUCAAGGAGGCCCUGUCGAUCGAGGAAACAGAAGACACCUGGCAAAACAUUGAUGCUAGCCUUAAGCGUUUCACAGCCGCCAUUCGGGGUGGUGCAUGUGAACAUCCGGACGAUUUCCUCAAACGGUGGAAAGAGACCGAAAUCGUUCGAGGCCUGGUGAGCGCCAUGUCGACUGAGCGAACCCGCUUGAGUGGUUCGGCUCUCGACCUCGUUGCCGCGACUUCCCGCCUAGGGAGCUAUUGGGAUAGCGCGGUUCCGUUCUACGUACCGACAGUCGUCAAGCUGCUUGGAAGAGCAUCCAAGAUUUACGUCACUCGCGCUACCAUCACCCUAACUUCGCUAAUCAAGGGUACCAAGUCACUCGGGUUCAUACCUUAUCUGCUCGAUGGCAUCUCAGAGAAAUCAGUCACAAUAAGAAUCGGAUGUGCCGACGCGCUUCUAUGUUGUCUGUCCGAGGCCGUGGAUGAUCCUAAUGGCUCCGAAUCCAGAAAACCGAGAUCGACGAUCAAAGAUGACUUGAACAAGCGUUUAAAUGACAUAGAAAACGCGAUCAAGAUUGGUGGAAGAGAUCGAGAUCCAAAAGUCAGGGCAAUUUUCAAGCGAAUAUGGGAGCUGUAUGAACAACAAUGGCCAAGCCGCGCCGCGAGCCUUGCCCAGCCGUUAACACCAACCAUCAAACGGUAUUUGGGAAUUGGAAAUGGCUCUACUCUCAACUCAUCACAUACAUCUCAGGCUUCGAGCAACGGUUUGACUAAUCGAGAAAUAAACACUAGCCGCGACAAGCCUCCGCUGAGUGGACAUCACCGAACAGGAGAAAAGCAUGUUGCUGAGAUUCCUACUGCCAAGACCGCCAAUGCACAUACUUCCAAAUCGAUCAAGUCUCAUAAUUCUCACUCAGCGCUUCCAAAGUCUGGUGAUUUGGCCACCCUUCAAAAAGCCAUCAAGAUUCCGCUACCGCCAGAUGAUCCAGAGCACCGCGAGCCUUCUGUUACCCGCGGGCCGGCACGCGCUAGGGUUAUGUCUACUCGGACCAAGACCCCACCGGAAGGUUCGAUUCAUCAAGCCCAAUCAUCGGGGCUAGCAGUGAAGCGAUCCAAUUCUACGAUGAGAGCUCAGCGUGUCCCCCUGCCCCCUCAAGUUGAUCUGCCCGCUGGCAAUGCGAUCGGAAAGCCUCGGACAGCGACUCGAGUGCCUCUUCAGCCUAUUCAAUCCACUGGUACCCAGCCCGGCAAAGAUGUCGCCAUCAAGCCUCCUUCCACCUCAGUGCCCCAGCAUCAACCUUCGACUAAGGCAGUCGCGUCUAAUGUCUCGAAUGAACCUCCGAAGGCUAGCUUCAAACCCACACGAUCGACUUCUGGUACAGCUCAAGCGGAUUCCAAACCCUCGCAUCCACCCCAGCCGCUGCCGCCUGCAAUGCAAACGCGGCCCCUACCCAGGCGGGCGGUGCCGGAACCUUCCAAUGAUAAGCCGACUACCGUACCUUUAGUGACCAACACACUCAAUGUAUCCGUUCGUUCGCGCGCGAGGAAGAAUCAAGCUGAAGAGCCAGUACCAAUUAUCAAGCAGACAAUAAAAGUAUUCAAGCCCACUAAGUCUUUUUCAAAAGGAUCCUCCAAUGCUACCACUACUUCAAAUCCAUUGUCCGCAAACCCCAAUAUCAAUUCGAAAUCGGGACCAUCUACAACUUCCGUCUCAGACAAACUCACUACACAACGCUCAAAAGUGCCUAUAGAAGUGGAGCAGUUGCCGGAAGCCCUUCGACUACCUGCCUUGACUCCUUUACCCAUUUCACCAACACCAUCUUCAGCACAUCCAUUAUCUUCAAUGCCUCCUUCAGUUCCCGCAUCCCAGCCUGUAUCACAACCGGACUCACCGUCAACCCCAGGACCUCUGUCAUCAUCGCAACCUGUACCACCUUCAACAAAUCUAUUACCUUCACAAACACCACCAUCCUCAGAGCUCCCACCAGUAUUGUCAACUCCCAUGAUUUCUUCAGAAUCUCGACCACAAGUAGAUCCUCCACCAGUCUCAGAUAGUGUACUGCCCCCCGGAGUCUUAGCGCCCUCUACAGUGGCACAGGUUGCUUCGUCGACUCCUACAGAUACGACAUCCACACAUGACGCUAUCCAAUCUGGCCCUUCCGAACCUGUCGCAAUCACCCAUCGGACGAUAUUCCACCAAUCCCUUCCUAGCCAAUCGACAAAUGUUCUCGCAAAACCUCACCCAUUUUUUCUAUCUACCUUCGGCACUCCGGGCCCCAAGAUUUGUACACGGCUGCCUGAUGAUUUGAUUGUUCCGAUGAGCGUCCCAUUGCCACCUUCACCUAACUCGCCUUUUAUAGGACUGAGUAAUCGGGCCAGAGUCGCGCGGAACGUCGAUGCCAGAGGGACCGCAAGAAAAUCCACCAAAACGCAGCAACCUCCGCGUUCACGUGCAACUCCUCACCGGACCCGCCUCAACUCCACUCCGGCCGCGAAGAAUGGGAAAAUUGAAGCUAACAAUGAGAUUGGGGACGUAACGACUCUAUCUUCACCCAUCCAGGAUGAUGGCGUUGGAGGAUCCAAGCAACUUGUCAUUCCAGAAGGGCUCUUAGUAGACUUUGAUCACGAAGACACGAUAUGGAUUCCGCGUCCACCCGCGUUGCACCAGGAUAUACUCCAGCUGGAUAAUGACCUUGGCAUGACCCCGACUAUCAACGAAGAAAGUGAUGGGGAAGAUGGGCCGCAAGAGAAGCGCCAGCGAAUCGAGGCGGAAAACUCCGCCUCAUCUAACGAGUCGACAUUGUCAAUCACUCAGCGUGCUGUCGAGCCUCUCUGCGUCCCUCCCGAACUGUCCAAACCUCGUCAGCAUCCGUCCCGCAGGGAUCCUUCUAUGUUUCACUGGGACCAGCCCGACUUGGAGCUUGAUGGCGACGACUCGGGGGAGAAAACGAUCUCCUGUCUAAAAGAAGAGCCCCCCUUCUUGGCCGAGGACGUGACCGUUAACGAGGGAAUGUCUUUCAAUACCAACUUCCUUGAUGGGAUUCAUGCUCAUAAUCAAAGUACGCCUCGUUCGUGA